CGGGAGAUUUAAUGCCAGGGCGCGCGCGCUAUGCUCCUUCCGCCGCGCGAGGGGAGCGGGCACUGCUCGCCGCGGCGCCGGGGGCAGGUGGGAGCGCAGGGCUGACCCUGUCCCCAACCCCCUCCGCGGCCCCCGGGCCCGUCGCCUCGAAGGGGCACCCGGAGAGGGCUGAAGCGUGUCGGCACUGCGGGCAGUACCCGUCCCUGGGCGCGUGAGAGCGAUGCCAUGCGUGGAAUACUUUGAAACUCCGUAAAAUGGGAUAUUGCGAAGCGGAGUGUUUCGAUCUAAGCUACAGUUAAGUUUCGUCUCAGCAGUUGUGGUUCUUUGAAAGGUAGGCAGGAUGUCCCUCUGAGUGUUUUCUUUAAAACGGUGUUUUCCAGACAUUGUUGCCUCUUUGAAGAGGACAACGCCUCCUGUUCAGCGCAGAUCAGAUUGAAUACGGGCCUCCUGCCCUGCUGUUCCUCUCUGGUGAGACCUCAUCUGGAGUAUUGUGUCCAGUUCUGGAAUCCUCAACCAGCAACUGCUAUCCAUCUCAGGAUGGAAGAACCAUCUUUGUGCCAUACUCCAAAGAAUUCUGGGACACCAGCUCCACAGGGGACAAGUUCAGGGAAACAGCCAAUGAGCGCAGCUCUGAGGGAACGAUUAAGGAAAACAAGACGUUCAUUUAAUGCUAAUUUUACAGUGGCAAAGCACCUCAAAAUAGACACUGAAGAAAAAGACGGUGCUGAUGCCAACAAAGGGUGUGUGCCAAAGACAAGUACUGAAUGUUCCAGAGUACAAGAUAGUUCUGAAAACCUGGAAAGAAACGGCACUGGACAUACAUGUUUCAAAAGCCCCCUGCAGGAAAGUGAGCUCUGUGGAUUGGCAGAGAAUUCCCAUGUGCCACAGACUGACCUCAGCCAGCGGCAUCCCUUGGAAGAAAAAGCGAGACUGGUGAAACAAGUGCAGGAGAAGGAAGAACUACUUCGAAGGCUCAAACUGGUUAAGAUGUAUCGAUCAAAGAACAACCUGUCUGAACUGCAGGCUUUGAUAGUGAAAUGGAGAAGCAGUACCCAGGCGAUGCUGUAUGAGCUACAGUCAGCCUUUUCUACAGAUGGCAAGAAAGUGAGUCUCACUCAGCUGAUUGAUACUUUUGGAUUAGAAGACCAGUUAUUGCACUACAGCAGAACAGAAGAAGAUUUUGUAGAUGCAUAAUCUACAGGUGCAAAGCUUUCAAUUACACAUACACGCGUAAGCAGAGAACACUGACUGAAUGGAUUCUGAUCAUUUAAGAAGUGUUGAUCAGACAGCAGACUUCAGGACUUUAUGCUUGGAGGUUAGGAGGUUUUCUCAGGAGAUAUGUGUAAAGAGAGGUACUUGGAUACAGUAGGCACUGUAAAAGGCAUUACUUAACAGGAAAGAACCUGGAAAAUAGUUAUUUAAUAAAAAUAAAAUUAAAUCAAGUUAUACUUUA